AUGGGGGACUCUGAUCAUGUUGUGUCAAGGUUCAGGGAGGACCCGACUUCUCACUCCCUGGAGACAUCUAACUUAGAUGGAGAAGCCAACCUCCAACUGGCCACUUCUGAAGGGCAGGAAAGUAAGGAAGGAACUAGGGAUGAAGAACUGACAAGGAAUGUGUGCAGGAGCACUUCAGGGAUUGAUGAGUGGGAUGGGUUAAAAAAAGAGGCAGGGGGAGAAACGAGCAUUUGCCAUGUAGCCUGCCAUAAAAAGGUUAUUGUUUUCCUGCCUUGGUGCCUAGCCUUCCCAGUGCCCCCUGUUUCAGACCUUAAAGGACUGGACUUUAUUAAGAUGGGUGGCUAUUUCCAUCAGAUUUUCCAGACCAAGAAAGAGUCACCACUUUUCACCCAGAUGGAAAAGAUACAGUGCCUGCCACCAUUUCAUCUGAAUGAGACAGACCUACAGAAUGAGCAGAUGUUGACUGUGCCACACAAGUGCCACUGUGGAGUAACUGAUAGGGUUAAUGACUCUGCUUUCUCAGAAAGUUCUAAAGGGAAGACGCACACUCUGACCUACAUAUGUUUGUUGUUAAGGCCGGUAGUGAUAGGUGCCUCCAGGAGGAUUAUCAAUUAUCCAAGAGAUAUAAGCCAAUCCACUGUGGAAGAUAUUAAGCAAGAUGUAUUUUCCAUCUGGAGCAAUGCAACCCCCGUGGUUUUCCAAGUGAAAAAUCAAGAUGCAGACAUCAAGGUUUCUUUCUGGGACUUAGCCCAUGGAGAUUGUUGGCCCUUUGAUGGACCAGAUGGUGUCUUAGGUCAUGCUUUUUUACCAAAUUCUGGAGCUCCAGGAGUUAUCCACUUUGACAGAGAAGAACAUUGGUCAAUUUCAGACAGAAGAUUUAGUUUUUUCCUUGUUGCUAUUCAUGAGCUUGGCCAUUCUCAGGGCCUGCUGCACUUCAAGAGUCUGAACUCCAUAAUGUACCCCAGAUAUGUGAAUUGGGACCCUACAACCUUCCAUCUUGAUGGUGAUGAUAUCAAAAUAAUCCAGCAACCCUAUGGUCUGUCCCUGCUGGAAGAGAGGAUAUCUGGACAGGAAAUUCCACUUGGAGUUUACUGUUUUCUUCUGUCCUUAUAA